AUUUUACUUAAUUGUCUGCUAAGAACUCCCUGUACCCAAAUGCAAAGACGCAGAGACUGCACUGGCAACAUAUCAUCCCGUUCUAUGGAAGUAGGCUGGGAUUUGAUGUGCUUUUUUACAUAUACAUUUCUUGGAUAAAACUCAAGCUUCUAACUUGAUACGGGAAAGCCAACCUCCACUGUGACUUUUCUUCCUUACUGUCUGUUUAUUCUUUUUGGUUGGAAUUUUUAAUGAAAAAGCUGCCGUGAAGAUUAAAAUGAUCCGCGCAAGGUGUACAUAUAGCUGUUCCCUGCAGUGCAGGUAAACUCGGGGCUGCUGUUUCUCUGAUCUUUACAACGACACACUAAAGAAAGAAAAAAUAAUACAACUCUUGAUUCUUUUUCGUUUUCUUCAAGAGGAAAAUCUGCAAGGCAAUUAUACAAAUUGAAGUCUUCUUUCAGGGCGAAUAACUUUUUAAUUUUUUGUGCUGUGAAUGUGAAGAAUCGUAAAUAAAUUUUUUAAUCGUUUUUUUUUUUUUGGCACGCUUAUAAACAAGGAAGCGCCUAUGUUGAACACACUGGUACUGUUUUACUUCAUUCAUUUAUACUUCCGCUGAGAUUCAAGGAAACCUACGGGAUAUUUAUUGGAAAGAAAACAGUGGCUUUUUUUCAUCCAGACUCCUUCAGGGUUUGAUUUUUUUUUUUUUUAGCGCUGGAAACAGGUGGAUUUCGACAACUCAAGAUGCGUUAUAUCUCUUCACGGUUCAUCUACUUGGGUUUACAUUUAUUAGUCCUCUACUUUCAAGUUCAGGAAUCUCAGCAGACCUCCGCUGAUUUCCGUGUCUAUGUCGAAAACCACACAAGGAACCCUGAUGACCUGAGCCGCAAACAGGUCCGGAUAUAUCAGCUUUACAGCCGGACCACCGGGAAACACGUCCAGAUCCUGGGGAAGAAAAUCAAUGCCAACGGGGACGAUGGGGGCAAGUAUGCUCUCCUAGUGGUGGAAACAGAAACAUUUGGAAGCCAUAUCCGAAUAAAAGGAAAAGAUACUGGGUACUACAUCUGCAUGAACAAAAGGGGCAAAAUUAUUGGAAAGCUCAAUGGAAGGAACCAGGAGUGUGUCUUUGUGGAAGAAGUAUUGGAGAACAACUACACUGCACUGGUGUCCGCCAAGUACAAAGGCUGGUACCUGGGAUUCACCCGGAAAGGACUUCCUAAAAAGGGCUCAAGGACCCAGCAGAACCAGCAGGAAGUCCACUUUAUGAAACGGCACCCAAAGGGCAAAGUGGACCCACUACAGGAGUUCCGUUUCACCACGGUCACCAAGCGGACUCGCAGGGCACGGCGCUUAAAAGUGAAGUCCAACUCAAACUGAAACAUGAACAAGAAUCCCAGGGUCUGUAUGUCAAAGGAAUACUCAAGCACCUUGCCUUAAAUAUCUGGAGAAAAAAAAAAAAACAGAAAAGAUGUUUUAUUUUUAUACCUAAGGAGUUGUGAAUUGCUCCGAUGUGCUAGCUUUUUUUGUGGGCUGUUUUUUAGUGUUGUUAUUAUUAUUAUUAUUAUUAUUAUUAUUAUUUAUAUUGAGCAGAAGGGAUAUUUGUCAUUACCUUGCUGUUGCUACUUCGAAAGGUAAUGGCAGAACAGGAGGUAUCAGAAACUCUAGAGUCACUGACUGUGUCCAUAUCCGUGGAGAGUACCAGCGAGUGGAUCAGUCUCUUUAUAUUCAGCUGGAUUGGAUGCAAUGGAGCCAGGAAGGAAAAAAUGCACCCCCAUGAUAUUGACCAUAGCUAAUUCUUUAGCUAUAAGUGCAAUACUUUGUAAAGGGCCCUUUUACAAAAGAGGUUACUAUUAAAACUUAUCAGGGUUCCACAAACUCCAAACUUCCCCGCCACCCUUUAGAUGUUUUCUUUUUUUUUUUUUAACAUGAUAGACAAAGUGAUGGGAGUUUAGUAUAAAAUGAAAGCUGUUGGUUACGUUAUUGGAAGGGGCCUCAAGUAAGGGCCUGGAUAAAUGACUGCACAUGCAUCCACCUCAGUGUUUACUUAGCUGAACAAUAAUAGCACACACAGUUUAGACAGGAAACAAAGAGGCUGGACCAACAGGACAGUUCCCUGAGGAGUCCAUCUAAGAUCAUAGUUUUCAUUCCAACUUUAUUGAACAAUUAUAAAUUAUGUAUCAAAUUGGAAAAUAGGCACGGAAGUAGUUUUAUACCUCAGAUAUAUCAGUUUUGUAUUCAUUAUGCGUAGUACAUAUUAUAGUUGGAUAUUAUAUCAGUCAUACCAUCCAAUGACAAUUCUCCCUCUGAUUACCAUAAUUAAUAGCAUUGAUAUUAAAUAUUAGCAACACCUGUAAGUUGUAGUUACUAUAUACGUGACACAUUGUCUCACACAGAGGUAUUCACACACAGCUGCGUAUCAUCAUAACUCUUCCCAUUGAGUUUUUACUGCUGAAUCCAAAACAAAAAAGGUAAUGGAAUAUACAGAUCUGUUUAAUGCUAGAUACAGGCAGAUCUCUGUCUGAGGGCGAUUGGAGCUUGGGGGCCUGGAAUAGGCUGGUGACCUAAGAGGGCCAUUAACAUUAUUCGGUCCAGAUGUUGGUAGGGCUGUAUCAUUAACUCACCUGCCGAGGGACCACUGUGUAUUGUGUAUGUGAUGCUACUAACACCUUGACACAUUUAUGACUUAAAGUGUAUGCAAAAAUAAUUUUUAUGACUAUUAUUAAAUAUUUAUUGCCUUUCUUUGUAAAUACAUCCUGAUGAAUUUAUUUGGCCUCUGUUAAUAAAGUGAGGACUAUAUUUAAAGAUAUACCAAAUUGUUUUCU